CGCCGCCAUGGCCGCCCGAGUGCUGAACGUGAACGUGGGAGUGCUGGGCCACAUCGACAGCGGGAAGACGGCGCUGGCGCGGGCGCUCAGCACCACCGGCUCCACCGCCGCCUUCGACCGGGCGCCGCAGAGCCGCGCGCGGGGCAUCACGCUGGACCUGGGCUUCUCCUGCCUGCGCACCGAGCUGCCGCCGCAGCUGGGCCCGGGGCCCGGCGUGCUGCAGCUCACGCUGGUGGACUGCCCGGGGCACGCCUCCCUCAUCCGCACCAUCAUCGGCGGUGCCCAGAUUAUCGAUUUAAUGAUGCUUGUGAUAGAUGUCACAAAGGGGAUGCAGACACAGUCAGCAGAGUGCUUGGUAAUUGGGCAAAUUGCCUGCCAGAAGAUGGUGGUAGUCCUGAACAAAAUAGAUCUCCUUCCAGAGGGGAAGAGACAGAGUGCCAUUGAGAAGAUGACUAAGAAAAUGCAGAAGACCUUGGAAAAUACCAAAUUCUCUGGGUGUCCUGUUGUUGCUGUGGCAGCAAAGCCUGGUGGACCAGAAGCCCCGGAGUCUGAGAAUCCACUGGGUAUUUCUGAAUUAAUUGAGGUCUUGAAGUCUCAGGCUUACCUGCCAUCAAGAGACCCCUCAGGACACUUCCUUAUGGCAGUCGACCACUGUUUCUCUAUUAAGGGUCAAGGCACAGUGAUGACAGGGACUAUUCUUUCGGGCUCUGUUAGCCUUGGUGACAAUUUGGAGAUUCCUGCCCUGAAGGUGACAAAGAAGGUCAAGUCCAUGCAGAUGUUCCAUACUCCUGUGACUUACGCAAUGCAGGGUGACAGGGUGGGUGUCUGUGUGACCCAGUUUGAUCCCAAGCUGCUGGAACGAGGCCUGAUUUGCACCCCAGAUUCACUUCACACCAUCCACGCUGCCAUCAUUUCCUUGAAGAAAAUUCAGUAUUUCCGAGGAGCUCUUCAGACUAAGGCCAAGUUCCACAUCACGGUCGGCCAUGAGACAGUGAUGGGAAGAGUGAUGUUUUUCAGUCCUGCCCCAGCUAACUUCAAUGAAGAAAUUCAAGAAAAUGUGUUUGAUUUUGAAAAAGAUUAUCUUUAUCAAGAGCAAUAUUUGUCCAAGGACUCGGUUUCUUCAGAGGAGAACAAAGAAAAUGACCAGGCAGGAGAAGUUCAGCUCCCAAAGCAACAGUGGGCUUUGCUGGAGUUUGAAAAACCAGUCACUUGUCCUAAACUGUGCCUUGUGAUUGGCUCCAAGCUGGAUACAGAUAUUCAUGCCAAUACCUGCAGGCUGGCAUUCCAUGGGGUGCUGCUCCAAGGCAUGGAAGACAAGAACUACACAGAGACUUUUCUUCCAAAGCUGAAAGUCUACAAACAGAAGCACAAAGAAGGACAGGUGGAAAGGGCGAUGGACGAUUACAGUGUGAUUGGUCGUUCAUUGUUUAAAAAGGAAACAAACAUCCAGAUUUUUGUGGGUCUGAAGGUGAAACUGUCUACAGGAGAAGAUGGAAUAAUAGAUGGUGGUUUUGGACAAAGUGGUAAAUUCAAAAUCCGAAUUCCAGAUGGGCUGAAGCCAGACACCAAGAUGCUGCUAACUGCUGCCUCCAAGAAGAAAUCCAAGGGAGGGAAGGGGGAUAUGAACAAAGAGGAUGAAAGCAGCAAGAAUGAUUCAGCCCAACCUGUUACUAUCUCUCUUAUCUUUAAAAGAUAUGUUUUUGACACACAGAAGAAAAUGAUUCAGUCCUGAGGAAACAAGAGAGGCCUUUGAUUACACCUUAAGGUCCAGACCCUGAAAUGCAUUGAGGUGGAAUGUGUUUCUUGUCCAAACACAUUAGACCUGUUCCUUCCUCACAAACAGAGCCUGGAAGCUUGUGCUGACUGUGCCCCCUUCCAAAAUCUCUGCAAUCUCAUAUUGUUCUGUUCAGAUUUGCUUAUUUUGUCAUCUCUGUGAUGUGCAUCUUUGUGGCAUCUCAUCUGGCCCACCUGCCAGAGGAGCACCCUGGGUGCACAUUCUAAUUGCACUGUUUGCCUGGAUAAUUGUGGUGAAGUUUCUCUUGAUUUAGAAGUUUGCCACCAAGUCAGGAUGUGAAUUUCAUGUGAUCCACAAAGUGAAGCUGAUUAUUCUAGGCUCACUUCCUUGAGCAAAGUGGGAGACCAAAGGCAUACUAUUGAAUAGGUGAGAGCUAAAAUGGAUAUUUCAUGUUCCUUCAGUUGCAAAUAUGAAAGAUGCUGUCUGAGAGAUGGUAUGGAUGUUUUUUAUAAAUACAGUUUAUAUCUAGAAAGGUUUUUCAUAUUAAACAUAAUGAUCUGUAUAGCUGAGAGUCUUGAUUGUUCUGUUUGCUCUUCCACAGGUUCAGAAUUUAUCUUCAGUGACAUUUUAUGUAACUUUUUUUAUUUUCCUGCCUGUUCUGCAAUGAAUCCAAUGCCAUAAUUGUUUUCUUUUUCCUUUUUUUAUUUUUUUGUGACCAAAAUGCCUUUUGUGUGUGAAAGAAAAAGUUGCCUCUGGAAACAGUCAAGGGCUUUGUUUCAUUAAAAUAAUGAUAGAA